UACUCACAACUCGAGCUCUUCAGUCUGUGAACGACCGCGCUCGUGAUCGCACAUUAAACCGUCAGCUCGCAAACGACGCGUUACAUCACUGAAAAAUCGCCACCGAUUGUUAUUAUGAAGAUUCAUCGCUCCGCACCGCUAAAUCAUGUCGAAUUGCGUGCUACGUGCGUUAUAAUAAAGUCUACGGACACAUUGACAACGAUUUAAAACAAAAACUUUUCCGUGUGCAAAGUGAAUGUGUGUAAGUGGAUUCUCGCCACUCGAAUAAAAAAGAAAUAAAAAUUAAAUUCAUACAUGGUUGUUGAAUCGCCGCGAGCGAAUAAACGUAAAAUCUGCACGAUGUCCACCGGAAAACGACUGGCGAAGCGCUCCAUCAUUGGGACGCGCGUGUGCGCGCCCGGCGACGAUGGCAAAUACUAUUCGGGCGUCAUCGCCGCCGUGAAGACGCCGGCGACCUUUCCGGAGAACAACAACUGCAUCAACCUGACGCCGAACACGCGCUACUCCGUCCGUUUCGACGCGCGCCCCGGUUACGGUCGCACCACAGUCGAGUUCCUCGAAGGCGAUCUCAUCGGCCCCGGCUUUCGUUCGGUUGGUGGCCUGCAUCUUCUUCCACUGCAGAAAGUUUUCGUCACGUACAAGGGCAGAGAAGUUACUGGGGAAGUACUCAAGCAUACACCUGAAACCGACGAGGUUGCCAUUCAAAUCGCCACAGAUCCGGUCCAAGUUCUGAUUAAGCGUCUGGACGAGGUGCGUCUCCUGGAGUCGCGCAAAUCCCCACGGCUCGCCGACAUCGACACGGAUUUCGCUCGUUUGGCCGACAUGUCGACGGAGCGAGGCAAACGCUCGCACAUCAUUGAUGUGCCUGCGACGUCACCCAAUCAUUAUAGCGGGUCGAGGAAACGCCGCCCGAGCAACAGCCAGGACGAUUCCAAUCCUUUCAUGAGCAAGGACGAUCAACUGGAGCAAUGUAGUGCUGCGUUGGUCCUCAUGAGUCUUUCAUGUUCACCACAUUCAUCAAAUUUGAGCAAUGUUACAGACAUGUCUUGGGCUGGUACAUCCCCAGGCAGCAGCAGCAGCGCCUCCUCGUCCUUCCGUUUGUCACCAUCUCCAUCACCCAGCGAGACUGGAUAUCCAUCUGUACCGUUAUCCUCCAGCUCUGGAUCGGACGAAGGCAUUGUCUUGGAUUAUCCUGAGGAUAUGCCACGAAAGAAAAAGCCGGUAUCUCUCCAGUGCACAUGGAGGAACUGCAGUUUCAUGACACAAGUAGAAGAACACAUGAAGGAGCACAUUCGCGCCGAACAUCUCAAAGCUGCGGAAGAGGAAGAAGAAGAGUUCUACUAUUGUGAUGUGGAGGAAAUGACCAAAUUACCACCGGCACCGCCCCCAAUGAUGAUAAUGCAACCACAACCGACGUUGUCACAUCGUGACAUGGCGCGUCCACCACACGAAGACCCCGAGUACCAGCGGCAGAUCGUCGGCACCUACCGCCAACAGAUCUAUUCCGGUCCAAUCGCCAUCCCUCAAUCACCCCAUAAGCUGAUGAAGCUUUCUCCGCGUCCCCACAGCCCCAAGAUGCCCGUCUCGCCGCGUCGUGUCCGUGGCGAGAAUAAGAAGUGCCGUAAAGUGUACGGCAUGGAGCAUCGCGAGCAGUGGUGCACGCAGUGCAAGUGGAAGAAGGCGUGCACCCGCUUCGGCGACUGAGUCGCCCAUCGGCCGCCGCGCGCGCCGACUCUACUUAGAAGCAUGGAUCACCUCCAGCAAAAGACUGCCAUUCGCAUACUCAUCGUCCAGCCGCCGUCGUGCUGCGUGGAGAAUCAGAACGGACGCGAUGGACAGUUAUCUACACCGUAAAACCGUCGAGUAUAUAUAUACAUACAUAUAACGUGAGAUCGAUUUCGUACUGAUCAGAUGGGACAGAGUGUGGUUGGUUGGUUGGAUACAUAACGAACUGAUUAUUAUUCCAUUUGUGCCCAAGUCGCACCGUCACAAACACAAUCGUUGCUAGUCGUAAAACAAAAACAAUAAUAUUUAACCGAAAACAAGAGAGAGAAUAUGCGCGAAUUACGCGAGAAUAUUAAUGUUAAAGUUUUACAGGAAUUUAAGAUAAUGUUAUAUGAAAAAAAAAGCUGUAAUGUCGAUACUACGAGUAAGAGAUGAUGCGCCGCCAGAUGGCGGUAGUGUAAACCGGCAUGGCGAUGCUCAGCGCCAUCGCAAACCGUAACGGAAUCUUUCUAAAUGAUGUAAACGCUUGCGAAAUAUGGGAAAAUUUGCGUGAAUUCGAGAGAAUAUCAACUGACUUUGCGAAAAACUGCCAAGAACAAAAUUUUCUACUACCGAUAUUAAAUUAAAUCGAAAACGAGACGCAAAACAAGAAACCAAACGAGUAGUUUCGCCAGCUUUUGCUGCAACAUCCGUUUAAAUCGACAAGUACGUAGACAACGUGUCGUGAAUGUAGUUGUAAAAUGAAUAUUACAUAUAUAUAUAUAGAGAGAUAUGCAUAAAUCGCGAAACAAUUUUUAUUUUUAUUCUUUCGUGCACACAAACUGAUUUUCAUCAUUAUAUACAUAUAGAGAUAUAUAUUUACAACAUAUUUUACCUUAUUAUAUACAUAUUACCAUGUUUUAGAUCUCAGAAACGUAAUAAGAGUACAAUAUUUUUAAUUAUUAAUAUUUAAUUCGUACGAUGAAAAUAAAAACGAUCUAUAUAUACAUAUAUUAUACAUAAAAUAUAAGAGAUGAUUUAAAUCUACGGUGGUUAUAAGAUAUUAAUUAAUAACGUGUAUAAUAAAUGACGAAAGAUGUAGAAAAACGAUUGGAUGAAUAACUCAAGUCGUACUUUCCAACUCAAAACAUCUAUAUCUAUAUAUAUAAAUAUAAACUUUUCGUGUUACAUCUUGUACAUGCUGUACAUAACCUGAGAGAGAGAGAGUUUAUGCAACCAAAUGCGCACUCGUCAUAAACUACUACAUGAUCAAUUUAUAAGUGUUUAUUGCUAAUAAAAUUGUCGUCUAACGUUAAAUCUAUACAUAUAAAUGUCUAACAGUCUUGACACUGAGAGAAAGCAACAGGUGCCGCGCGCAUUGCGAAGCAAACGAUGACGAACAUCACACAACUUCACUUGUUUCGAGAUAGAGAUCUGUAACUUCUGCACCUUUUAGCUAAACAUUCAACGUGGAGAACAAUAGUAAACGUACAUUUGUAAAAAAAACUCCAUUGGUAAAAACCAGUAUUUUAAGACUAGGCCGUGAUGUGUGGUGGAAAAGAAACAAAAACAACUAAAUAUCAAAAUGUUUAGACUAUAAUAACAUUGAGAAUAUGUAGGUUUCGUAUUUAUGUAUAUUGGAUAGCGCGAGGAGUGAUUUUUGAAGUUUUAAGCGAUACAUCAAAUAUCGAUAUAAUGGCGAUAACAGCGGGUUGCAAAGUUUAACAUACACACAACACACAACAACAUUAUCUGUCUACGAAUAAUAAUCUAGUAACUGUUUAACGAUAGAUUUGGCGAUAAUGAAACAAAAUGGACGCCUAUAUACAUACUACGCCGAUAAUAUGAUGAUGAUGACUGAUGCGGGCAAAGAGAUGCAAUUUGCUGACUGAAACGAAACGAAAAUUUGUAAACGAGAUGCGUUUGUUAUGCCAUAUUUAAUAUACAUACAGAUUGUUUGGCCAUAGUGUUAAUCACUCUCUAAUAACUUAUAGAAACAUGAUGUGCGUGUGUGUGUGUGUGUCCAUUUUGUUGUCAAUUCAAUUGCUGCUGGCGGAAAGAAAGUGCAAUGGAACACAAGCAAGCGAUGAAAAAAAAGUAUCUGUACUAAAUCCAAAAAUAAACCAACCAAAUAUUUACACAAAACAUUUAAUCUAAUGCAAUAAAAUAAAUAUGCUAUAGGCUAAAGUGAAUUAAAGCUACACAUUACCAUAACUAAUUAAUUUUUAAGACGAUCAACAACUGCAAUGACGAAACCACUACCAUGCAAGCAAGAGAAAAACAUUAAUUCGCACCUCUUUCGAUUAAUUUAUAUAUAUCAUUUAUUAUCAGCAGCGCGAUUUACACAACUAAUUGUAUUAAAUUUAUUGAUUUACCAUUACGUUUUUUGAAUGUAUAUUGUUAUAUAAUUGCGUAUCUGUUUUAUGAUAAUUUGCAAUUUAAGAAAUUAUUUAUAUGUAGAUUGUAUAGUUGAUUGUAGUUGAAUUCUUUUUUUUGUGUUUACAUUAAGUUAUUUAGUUAAUUGUGUGACGUUUACUCAAGUUUCAUGUUUCAUUACCUCUUAGUCUUUCAUUUCGUUCUGUUUUAUUUAUAUUAUCUCAAUCAAGGUAUGAUAGAAUUCUAACUAGGAUUAACUAAUCGAUAAAAGUUAUAUUCAGAUACACAGUAAGGUAGAUUAUUACCAUAUGGAAUAUAUUUCGUUUAUAUUAAUGAUAUCAUCUAUGUAAGAUAAAUAUGAAUAUGUUAUAACAGACAAACAAUUUGAAAGUAUUUUAUAAAGAUAUGUUAUUUAAUUAUA